GAAUCGGUUCGCUCAAAAGAGUCGUUUAAGGUGAACCGAUUGCUCAUUAAUCGACCAUCACUAGGAAAUUAGCUAUACUGGCCGGCCUUCAACUACAAACUAAAUAAUUUAUCUUUAUUUGGCUAUUUGGGCUUUUUUCAGUUAAUAUACAUUAUGGAGAGCCAAGGUUACGGGUAUAGCUCUUCUCCAGGAGGAUUUUCAUCUUCAAAAAAUGAAAGAAAGCCAAAAACAGCAGGAAUACUGUGUGUACUGCCAUGCACUGUGUCUCAGCUCCUGUCAGCUAGAGAACACAGAGACUCCUUCUUUGUAAGAGACAUGGAGCUCAACCAGGUGACUGUGGUGGGUUUGAUCAGAAGAGCCAAACCCACGAUGACACAUCUUGUGUAUUCUCUGGAUGAUAUGACUGGCCCUGCUCUAGAUGUCAAACAGUGGCUGAAUCUUGAGGAUGUCAAUAUGAAUCAUUGCGUUAUUCCUCCUGGGACAUAUGUCAAAGUAGUUGGAAGCCUUCGCUCCUUUCAGCACCACAGGUCCAUGGUAGCUUUCAACAUCCGCCGUCUGGACAACUUUAAUGAGAUCACUUCACACAUGUUGGAGGUGAUUCAUGCCCAUCUGCAGAGUGAUAGCAGCUCGUAUAGUAGGAUGAAAAAUGAGACCACAACUAUAAUCAACACAUCACAUGCAAGUGACCCAGCCACCAUGGGUUUUACAGCCAGUCAGAGGCAGGUAUUUACAUUGAUUAAGAGCUGUCCUUUGGCCGAAGGCAUCAGUAUGCAGUGUCUGAGGAAUUCACUCAAAUAUCUCUCCUUCUAUGACAUCAGGACUUGCCUGCAGUUUCUUAUAAAUGAAGGGCACAUUUACUCUACAAUUGAUGACUGCCAUUUCAAGUGUACCAACGGCUAAAGUAAUUUGAUGGUUUGAGCAAAAUCUAAGUCUUUAAUUUUUUGUAUCCAGUGGACUACAUAAAUGACAAUGAAAAAAACAUCUGCCCUUGUAUAUUUCAGUUGUUUAUAUUGUUAGAAAAUGAUUUGUAAAUUGUCUAUAAUGCAUUAGUUUUCGGUGUUUUGUGUUGUUUUGACUGUUGUUCUCACAGAUGUUUGAAAUUGUGAGUAAAUAUAUAUAUAUAUAUAUACCUCAUAACUUUUUGUGUUAUUCUUACUCACAAUUUUUUGUAUUGUUACCUGGAUA